UCAGCUUUUGUUCCCACCGCCGACUGAUCAGAAAAACAUAAACAGUAGAAACCCAAUUCCUUAAACAACUGUUAUUCAUUUAUGUCCAGGAAUGAAAAUUCUAAAACUAUUGUUGAUUUCUGAUCUGAUCUAAUUAUUAUUAUUAUUUUUUUUAAAAUUUUUUCAUCUAUAAGUUGUAUUUGAUAAGACAAAAAAAACGGAGAGAGAGAGAGAGAGAGGGGUCGAAGCAGACGGAGGAAGAGGCGAGGCACGUCGGCGGCGGCCGCCAUCACCACCGUCCUCGGCGAGGCACUCCGGAGCAUACUCGGUUGGAGUUAACAAUGUCGUCGGUGAUAAAGAAGUUUUUCAUUGCCUCAAUGUUUAUGUGGGUAGCUCCAAUUGCAAUUUUAUAUGGUUUUAACCAUAAUUUAUUUCCCGGUUCAACCCAGUUGUCCUCCCAUUCCAUAACGCUAUUGAGCGGAUUUCUUGCUGUCAUAUCAGUGAAUGUUGUCAUUGCAUUCUACAUAUGUAUGGCGAUGAAGGAACCUUCAGAUAAACACGAGCCAGAUCCUGCAUUCCUCGCUAAUGCCAAGGCUAGUCUAAGGCAGAAUAGACCAAACGAAGAUGAGGAUUCAUCACAAACCCGCAAAAAAGAAGAGUAGGACUUUCACCAACCAGGAAAAAAAUGCAGAAUUGAGGUUUGGGCAAUCAUUUAUUUUAUUAUUCUUGAGAUUCACACAUUAAUGUCACAUUCUGCAUUCGGCUACCAAAAGGGAGUGAAGUGAAUUGAGGGAUGCACAAAUCUUUUGAGCGAUUACCAUCAAGUCACACAUCUUUUUGUGCUUAUAAAACAGGGUUGUGUUUUUCAUUUGGUAUUACACUUGAGAUCACACAUUUACGUGGUGUCAAUUGGUACUGAUGUUGUGUUAGAUGAUUAAAAUUUGUUUGAUGUGUUUUCCAACAUUUCUGUGCAAUCUCUUUCUGCGUGUUCAUCAAAUUGAUAGUAUAAUUUGAUGGGUAGAGAAAUUUAUCAAUACAAGGGCAAUCAAAUUUGUAUC